AUGAAAACAUGUCCGCAUUGCCAAGCACGACUUUUCCAUUGUGAAUCUCCUGAACUAUGUUGCUUAAGUGGGAAGGUCAACUUACCUGAUUUUCCAUUAUCCUCUGAUAUGCUUGAUUUAUAUUCUGAUCAAUCGGAAUAUGGGGCUCAUUUUAGGCAAAACAUUCGUAAGUACAACCAUGUCUUUUCAUUCACUUCAAUGGGAGUUCAUUUAGAUGACGAACUAGCAAAUGCACGUCAAGGCGUUUACACAUUCCGUGCACAAGGUUCAAUUUACCAUCGUAUUGGAGGUUUUUUACCUUUGAACGAAGGAGAUCGUCCUCGAUUUCUUCAACUCUACAUUUAUGAUACUGAGCAUGAAAAUGAAAAUCGUGCAGCAGAGAAUUCAUCAUUACGCCUCGAUGUCAUCGACAGAAUAAAGAAUAUUUUGAAUGCUCACAAUCCUUUUGUCCACAAUCUCCGUCAUCUUGCUCAGCGUAGUGACUUAAGUGAUUGCAAAUUUGUCAUCAAAGAGCAACCUACAAAUAAACAUCAAUACUCGAUGCCGACAGCUUCGCAAGUAGCAGCAGUUGUCGUUGGAGGUGAUGACAUUUCCAACUUGAAGGAUAGGGACAUCAUGGUAGAGUCAGUAACUGGGCAACUAAGUUAUAUCAAAGACACUGCCGGUUAUUAUGACCCACUGCAGUAUCCUCUAUUGUUCCCUUAUGGUUCUUACGGCUGGGAUUUAAACAGUCGAAGUUCCACUGGUAAGAAGUUGACAUGCCGGGAAUUCUAUGCAUACAUGUUUCAGAUGCGACAACAUCUUGAUUCUCUAAUCUUAAGAGGUGGUCGUCUACUGCAACAAUUUGUUGUCGAUAACUGUGUCAAAAUGCAAGCCAAUAACUUGAGGUGGAUUGCACUCAACCAAGAUAAGAUACGUGCUGAUUUGUACAAGGGUUUAGAGGAUUCUUUACAUGCUGGAGAGCAUAACACAGAAAAUGUUGGACGACGGACCAUACUACCAUCUUCAUUCGUUGGAAGUCCAAGAGAUAUGCACCAGAGGUAUCAAGAUGCCAUGGCAUUGGUUCAUAAGUUCGGCAAGCCCGAUAUAUUUCUUACAAUGACAUGCAAUCCAUCUUGGCCAGAGAUACAAUCAGAAUUGUUGGCCGGACAAGUUCCAAACGAUCGUCCAGAUCUGCUGACACGAGUUUUUCAUGCUAAACUUGAAGAGUUGAAAAAGGAUGUUCUCGAAAGGGGCGUCCUCGGAACGGUUGUUGCUUAUGUAUAUGUGAUUGAAUUCCAAAAGAGGGGUCUUCCACAUGUUCAUAUGUUAUUAAUUCUUGAUCAAAAUGACAAGCUAACCACUCCGGAUGACUUUGAUAAGAUUGUGAGAGCAGUGAUUCCUGAUGAACAACAAGAACCAAAAUUGUAUAAGGCAGUUCUUAAACACAUGAUUCAUGGCCCAUGUGGUGUUCUCAACCACAAAUCCCCGUGUAUGAAACAAGGAAGUUGUAAGAAAGGAUUCCCUAAGGAAUUCUCCAAUGAUACAAAGCAAGGCAAUGACUCAUAUCCUCUUUACCGUCGUCCACAAGAUCGUCCAGCAGUACCGUUGCGUGAGAAUUCACGAGUUCGUGUAGAUAAUCGGUGGGUAGUCCCAUAUAAUCCUUUUUUGCUCUUAAAGUACGAUUGUCACAUCAAUAUUGAGAUAUGCAGCAGCAUCAAGUGUGUCAAAUAUCUGUAUAAGUACAUCCAUAAGGGUUCAGAUAGAGUUUCAAUGGAAGUUCAUAACGGAGAUGAGAUUGCACAAUAUGUUGAUGCACGGUGGAUUUGUGCACCCGAAGCUAUGUGGAAACUUUACAAAUUCCCCAUGACUAGAAUAUGUCCUGCCGUAGAUCGUUUGCAGGUUCAUUUGCCAAACAUGCAUCAAGUGAGGUUCGAAGGGAACCAGCAAAUCUCAAGCGUGUUAGCGAACCCAAGAAACUCUAAGACGAUGCUCACUGAAUUUUUCAAGAUGAAUUCAGUCGAUCCAAAUGCAAGGAAAUAUCUUUAUCGAGAAUUUCCUGAGCAUUACAGAUGGUUAACGAGUUCACGUGAAUGGCAGAAGAGAAAAAGUACACAACGAGUUAUGGGUCGAUUGUAUGUAGCUUCACCAUUGGAAGGAGAACGAUUUUAUUUGAGAAUGUUACUCAAUCAUGUGAGGGAGCGUACAUCGUUCGAACAUUUAAGAACGAUCAAUGGCGUCACACACCCUACAUUCAGGGCUGCAGCUGAAGCCCUCGGUCUAAUCGAGAAUGACGAAAGCAUUCGUCAAUGUCUUUUAGAAGCAUGUUCAGUACGAAUGCCAUCUGCAUUACGUCGGUUAUUUGCAACCAUAUUGGUAUAUUGUCAACCAACUGGAUUACGAGCACUCUGGGAUGAGUUUUUCCCUUACAUGGUUGAGGAUUAUCCAGCCUCAAACACAACAAGUAAUUAUGUUUUCCUCACUAACAAACUUUUGCAAGACAUAGAUAGGUUAUUAAGACCACUUAGAAAAAGGAUUUCUGACUACACAGAGUUGCCAAGCUUACCCGAAUGUACUGAUGACAUUGACGAGCUUCCUUCUAUCAUGGAAGAGUACUUUUCUGUUCUGGUUCCAGAUGAGGAUUUGGCAUGCGUUGGCACUCUCAAUAGUGACCAACAAGUUGCAUACGACACAAUAAUGAAUGCUGUCAUUUCAAAGGCUGGCUGUUCUUUCUUCGUCGAUGGUCCUGGGGGCACCGGAAAAACAUUUUUAUACAAAGCCCUUCUUGCUACUGUAAAAAGUAGAGGCGAAAUAGCUAUCCCCACUGCAACAUCUGGAAUUGCAGCAACGUUGUUGCACCAGGGAAGAACAUCACAUUCGACUUUUCAGCUCCCACUUAAUCCAGACAGCUCAUCAACUUGCUCAUUUACCAAACGUUCUAAAACUGCAAUUCUCCUAAAAAAUUCUGCUAUUAUCGUAUGGGAUGAGGCCCCAAUGACACACAGAUAUCAAUUUGAAGUUGUUGAUCGAUCACUCAAGGAUUUAAUGGGGAAUGACUUGCCGUUUGGGGGGAAAAUUAUUGUGUUCGGUGGUGAUUUCAGACAGGUUUUACCGGUGGUUCGAAAUGGAACUAGAGCUCAAAUGAUUGACGCAUCUUUUGUCAGGUCCUCUAUGUGGAGACACAUUCGUAUUUUGCGUUUGAGAGAAAAUAUGAGAUCAAUUGAUGAUAACGGCUUUGCUAAUUUCUUACUCUCUGUUGGGAACGGUAAUGAACCUACUGUUUCAGAUCAGAUGAUAAGGUUACCCACUGCCAUGAUUAUACCAACAGUGGCAGAUAGUUCGAUCGAGGCUUUGAUCGACCAGGUCUUUCCAAAUUUAAGUGAGCACGUUGGUGAUGGAAAUUUUAUAGUUGAAAGGGCGAUCAUCACACCCCUGAACGAAGACGCUGAUAGAAUAAAUAAUAAGGUUGUCGAAAAGUUUCUCGGAGAAGGAAAAACGUAUUAUUCGUUUGAUUCUGUUCCUGAAGAUAAGAGAAAUUUGUAUCAACAAGAGUUUUUGAAUUCGAUUUCUGCGUCGGGAUUGCCUCCCCAUGCUCUCACCCUGAAACCUGGGGUACCCUUAAUGCUUUUGAGAAAUAUUGAUCCUAAACAUGGUCUUUGCAAUGGAACACGGUUGCUUUGCCAUUCAUUAAAGGACAAUUUCAUUGAUGCUGAGAUUUUAACCGGACAUUCUAGGGGGAACAGAGUGUUUUUGCCAAGAAUUCCCUUGAAAACUGCUGAAGAUAUUAAAUUGCCAUUCGAGAUGGUCAGAAAGCAAUUUCCUGUGAAGUUGAGUUUUGCCUUGACUAUCAACAAGUCUCAGGGACAAACUAUUCCACAUGUUGGGAUAUUCCUCCCUGAUCAUGUAUUUAGCCACGGCCAGCUAUAUGUGGCAUUAUCACGAGGAAUUUCAGAGAACACGACAAAGAUCGUGGUAGAAAAGGGAAAGGUUCAAGGUUGUGAAGGCAUAUUCACUAAAAAUAUUGUGUACAAAGAAGUUUUGUUGUCUUAUGAUUAG